GAGCGGAGGAGGCAGCGGAGCGGGGCUCUCCAACUUGACGGGGCUUUCCCCUUCCUCCCUGGCCCCGCGGCGGCACCAUGCCGCCUCCGCGGGCCGCCCGCAGCAGCACCCGGGCACAGGGAGCCCCGACGCCCGGAGCCGCGCCCAGCGGGCUCCCGGGCUCUUCCUCCGCGCCCCACUGAAGCGGCAGCGCCCAGCUCCGGGGCUUGCCUGACUCUCCCUCCGCCCCGGGGCGCGGGCAGCCGCCGGCUCCGAGGGGGCGCACGCCCUCUCGCCGCGCCCAGCCCCAGGGAGUCGAACCGCAGGAGGGGCGCGGGGACCCUCCUCUCCCCGCCCGAGGGGGGCAUCAGCCGGGGGCCCCGAGCCGAGGCCAGCCGCCGCCUCUUGCGCUCCCCCCUCCGCCCCGCGCAAGCCAUGAACUUUGGCCGGGGCCGCUCGGUGGUGUUGAACGUGGGGGGCACCCGCUACUCCUUCUCCCGCGAGGUGCUGAAGGACUUCCCGCUGCGGCGGGUGAGCCGGCUGCACGGCUGCCUCUCGGAGCAGGACGUGCUGGAGGUGUGCGACGACUACGACCAGGAGCGCAACGAGUUCUUCUUCGACCGCCACUCGGAGGCCUUCGGCUUCAUCCUGCUGUACGUGCGGCACGGCCACCUGCGCUUCGCGCCGCACAUGUGCGAGCUCUCCUUCUACAACGAGAUGAUCUACUGGGGGCUCGAGUGCUCGCACCUGGACUACUGCUGCCAGCGCCGCCUGGACGACCGCAUGUCCGACACCUACACCUUCUACUCGGGCGACGAGCCCCCCGCCGGCGACGGCGGCGAGGACACGCGGCCCCCGGCCGAGCCCCCGCCUGCAGCCGAGGGCAGGAAGUGGCUGGAGAGGAUGAGGCGGACUUUCGAGGAGCCCACCUCGUCCGUGGCCGCCCAGAUCCUGGCCACGGUGUCCAUCCUCUUCGUCAUCGUGUCCAUGGUGGUGCUGUGCGCCAGCACCCUGCCCGAGUGGCGGGCGGCGGAGAACCGCAGCGUGGAGGAGCAGAGCAGGUACACAGCAGACUCAGUGAGGGAGCCCUCCGGGAUCAUUGAAGCUAUCUGCAUAGGCUGGUUCACUGCAGAGUGCAUUGUGAGGUUCAUCAUCUCCAAAAACAAGUGUGAGUUUGUCAAGAGGCCCCUGAACAUCAUUGAUUUGCUGGCAAUCACUCCUUACUACAUCUCUGUGCUAAUGACAGUUUUCACAGGGGAAAAUUCUCAGCUCCAAAGGGCUGGAGUCACUCUGAGGGUUCUUAGAAUGAUGAGGAUUUUUUGGGUGAUUAAACUUGCCCGUCACUUCAUUGGUCUUCAAACACUUGGUCUGACUCUGAAGCGUUGUUACAGAGAGAUGGUGAUGCUUCUUGUCUUUAUUUGUGUUGCUAUGGCAAUUUUUAGUGCACUUUCACAACUCCUUGAAAAUGGGCUGGACUUGGGAACAAAGAAUAAGGAUUUUUCCAGCAUCCCUGCUGCCUGUUGGUGGGUAAUAAUCUCGAUGACCACGGUUGGUUAUGGUGACAUGUGCCCCAUCACUGUACCUGGAAGGAUUCUUGGUGGAAUUUGUGUGGUUAGUGGGAUUGUUUUAUUAGCAUUGCCUAUUACUUUCAUCUAUCAUAGCUUUGUGCAAUGUUAUCAUGAGGUCAAGUUCCGAUCUGCUAGGUACAGCAGAAGCCUCUCUGCUGAAUUCUUAAAUUAAUGAGUGCUCCUGCUUUUUGUAAUAGUACUUGCUAAGCUUUGGUGGAAGAGGUGAUGGUUGCUCCCUGUGUACACCCAUCUUGCUGGAUGAUCUAAGGAACAGCAUUGUCAUCAGCCCUGAAGGAUGUCAGUCACCAUUCUCACCUGAAGGAUGACUACCUGCUUUGGACCCCAUGGUAGGGAGUGUGGGUGGGCAUGUUGAGAUCUGAGAGGAAAAAAAUGGUAGCUUCUAGAACAACAAUGGGACUGGAAAGUUCUCAAGACAUCAUGGGGACUGGACUUCUCUCUACCUAUCCAGACAACUACACACACAAAUCAUGGGCUUGGUACCAAGAGAGAUGAAGACCUGCAACUCAGUGGGAGUUGCAGGUACUCACCACUCCUCAUACUGAUAUCCCAGAGCCUUCCAAGGAAAAUAUAACAGAUGUCAUUCAAAUAUUUAAAAUCUAAAGGUCCCUUGGAGGCGUAGAGACCUUGUUGACAUGAAGCCUGCUCCAGAAGAGUUGAGGGCAUUGGAGCAGAAUUGCUGCUACUUUUAAUUCCUCCAAGUCAUGCAGCAGGUGGAAUAAUCUGAUCUUACAACUGAAGGAAGAGGAAAAAAAAUAUAAAUACACAAGGCAGAGAGAGUCUCACAGCCCAAUUCUGAUCUCAGUGAAAGCGACAGUGAGGUCAAUGGAGUUAGUCCAGAUUUUUAUUGGAGGAACCAAGAGGAGUGUUUGUCUCCCUCUAUGUUGUGGCAUAUGCUUAACCACAACUGUCAUUUCUCUGGGCGUAAGAUUUAUAGUAGCAACUAAUGUCAUACUUUAUAAAGAUCAGAGUAAAAUUCAGUUGUCGAUAAUACGAUCAAUAUAUCAACUGCUAGCUCAGUGGGAGGCAGAUAUCCAAAUUUGACUCAGGUGCUCAGCUAAACUCUAUCAACAUGAAGACAUUUACCUAUAAGCCUUGAUUUCCCACCACCCCAUUUUAUUAACCAUAAUCACCUCAUAGUGAAAUUGUAUUCCAAGGAACAUGAUAUGAGUCUGUCACUUGAGAGGUUCAAAAACUUUCUAGACAAAGCACUAGAAAACAGGAGAACAAUCCUGCAAUGUCGGGGCUGGGACAGAUGUCCAGGUGGGUCUUUUUCCAUCUCCAAAAUUCUAUGAUGAUUCUUAUUGAAGGAUCUAUUAUGAAUUGAUAUAGUUAAUUUAAAUUUUAACAACUGUACAACAGCCCAGAUGAUACUGAAAAGUAGCAUUUUAGCUGGAUGGAACCUGUGCUUGGCACAAAGUAAUAUAUUCUCCCCUGCAAAUAUGGAAUUAAGAUGAAUGAAGUUAAGUUCUCAUGUUUCAUACACUACAUUUCUUGUGUAGUACUGCUUAGUAGCACUAUUAAAUAUGACUUUGAAAAGCUGCCAUGUGCUGUUAAACAUUCAAACAAAUUUAGACACAGCUAAACCAGUACUGUUUGCCACCCACCAUUAACAGGAAACAUUUUUAUUAACCAGAAUCACCAGUUUAUUUGAAUUUGGUGUGCUUGCCUGAAAGUCAUUGUAAAAUGUUUACUGUGUUUGUAUUGUAGAAGCACCUUUGGAUGUUUUGUGUACAUUUGUCUGCUUUAGAAAUAGAGUGACUGGGACCUAGCAACAGAAGUCUUUGGUACUGAUCACUCAGACUAAAAAUAUUAGGUGGGGUAUAUAGCUAGUACUUGAAGGCCAUAUGCUGAAAAAGAAAUAUACUGCCAUUUUUGCUGCUCAAGACCUAAGAAAAGUUAUGGAUCAUGUUAAAUGGCAUGCUGUUGGUUUUAGGGGAAAGGGAUAUGUACUGAUAAAGCCAGUCAAGGAGAGAAAGGAAAUUGUUUCACUACCAGAAGUUGUAAAGUAACCUGAAAGAAAAGUUGCUCGAUUGCAAUAGCCAUGAGUUUGCAUUUCCCAAAACUAGUUUGCUUAGUUCCUUUUCCUUUUUUCUGCAAUAGUUUCUUGAGGAUAUAUUAUUGUGUAGUGCCACAUCCACACCUUUGAAAUCUCUGUAUCUUGCAGAGAGGUGAAUAUUCCUAGGGAAGGGGGAGAAAUCACUUUUGGGGAGAGAUUCUCAGCUGGUUUAAGCUGGCCAGCUUCCAGUAACUUCAGAGGAUCUAUACCAGUUGACACCAGCUGAGAUUCUGGGCCUUAGCAUAUAUAAUAGAGCUGAUUAGAGAAAAAAUUCCCCACAAGAAUUAAAGUUAGUUUUUUAUAAAAGAAACUGAAAUUUGAGUUUCAUUUUCCAGCCAUUGAAGACUGAAACAUUUCAGCCAAAGUUAAUGUUUUGAUAAAAAAUUAACAUUUUUUUUUGAAAAAAAAAUUCUCUACAAAAAAAUUGGCUUUGACAAAAUGAAAAUUUUCCAGCCGUGUAAUACUGAAUUUCUAUUAUUUUCUUCUUCUACUAGUGUUGAAAAAGCUAGCGCUACACAUUUAGAAACUCUUGGGUGAAAUUGGUUUCCAUGUAACUUUUUCAAGUCUACUGUGCCUUCAGUCCACAGAUUAUAUUUAAACAGAUUAAUGCCCUCUAUUUGGGAUGCAAAAUACCAUAUACAAUUUGAGCCAAGUGGGUACAUCUCAUAGUUUUAAACAUAUACAAAUAUGAAAUAUACUUACAGUAAGUUGUAGCACUUAAUUCCAGAAAAAAAUUAACUUGUAUUUUUAUCACUACAGUAUAUAUAAGGUCAGUUUUUUAGCUUCAUGUGCAAAAAAGCGAAGUCAGUUAUAAAUUAAUGCACACAAUGACUUUCAAGUACUGAUUUGUAUUGUACAGGCAAUUGAAUACUAGACAUUCCAAAGACAAACUAGUGUCUAGAAUAUGUUUGACAUAAGAGUACAGAAAAUGUGCUAUUUUAAAAAGGGUUUCCAAAUGUAGAUUCAUAUAGAAUACAAAGAAUAUAAUCACCUACUUAAGAUACUUAUGUAAAGGAAUGUAUGUUUAUGAAAAGUGGAGAUCAUCUUAAAUACAAACAUUUAGAUUGCUCUAGAUCAAUUUUUUAUUGCAGAACGUGAACAAAAAUGCCUCAUGUAUUUUAAAUUUGCAUUACAGUAGAAUAAUUUUGAAUAGCUAAGUGGAUAUGAAGUAAGAGUCUAGUCCAUAAAAACUUGCCCUAAAUAUAAGCUAGCUACGGAGAGAUAUUUACUCUUUUCUUUAUUUUAGUGUAGCAUGGUUAUUAAUGUAUUGACAAGAGGUUUCCUUUACUCUUUUUAGAAACCAAGUUGAAGUAGCCUUAUAUCAGAGGUAGCCUUAAAACAGAGAGCCUUAUAGUGAAGGGAUAGGGUAUUCUGAUUUAUAGUGAUGCUUAUUGUCUUAUUUUCUAUAGAUUGAUUUUCCUAGUGAAACUUUCUAUAAAUAAAUAUUCUAUAAAUAUUGAAUUAUACAUGCGUAUAAAGAUAAGCAUUUCUUUAAACUGGUUAAGUUACUCCAUUAAAAUGCACCUGAGCUUUCUUUUCAGUUUUAUACAAGCAUUAUGGUGUAGUGUUCUCUCCACCUAAUACAGCAUUUCAAAAACUAAGAGAGGAUAGUUGGCUAACUCUCAACCACUUCCCCAACCUUCACACCAGAAUAAAAUUGUGUUCCUAUUGUGUUCCCACUGAAAUCAGUAGGAGUGGAGGGUGCUUAGCAAAUUGGGCCCAGAGUCUAUUUUUCUCUUACUGUACUGCACAAAGAGACCCCACCCCAAAAUCUCCAGUUAUGGAAUAUUAGUUACUAUCUCUUUGGAUAUCGGGUUGCUUCAGCUGGGAUACUUGAUGCCUCUAAAGACACACACAAGAGGAGGAAUGUAAUCUUUGGCCAUUUAUCCUAAAAAUCAGAUGGUGCCCUCUCCCAGGUGAGACCAGACCCCACAAUGGUUGACUGUUUUCAACAACUUUGUCUAGAUGGGUGCAGGUUGUCUAGGGCUUGAUUAUUAAUUUUGAGGUUAAAAAAUAUCCUUGUGUCAGAGGGGCAUGUUUUGAGCCUCAUGAACAUUGUAGAGAGCCUAGUGAAUAUGAAAAUCCUCUUAUGAGAUUCAUGGCCUGACUAACAUUUAUGUAAGGGAGGAGUGGUGAGUGGGAAUUUUCAUUGUGUAAACAAUCUGUGGCGGUAUCACAGACUUCAGCUGAAUCCUGCCGUUUCAGGGAUAGAGCUGAUGGCUUUGUGGCUCCAAAACCAGAAGCCUCUUCCACUUCAGUUAUCUUAAUCACAAACACCUUAACAGAUCUGAACUUCAGCCCAGGAGAAGGCAUAAAGCCCUGAACAUUCACACUAUACCAAUAAUUUCUUCCCACAUAAGAGGUCUAUGGUAAGCUUAUCAAUCAAGCUCUGGCCAUUUGAAAUUUGUAUUGUCUGUAUACAAAGGCCCAGAUGCUGCAGUUUCAUCCAUCUAGGCACAGGGUCCGUUCUAAAGGAGGCAGCUGUAGGAUCAUAGCCCAAGGUUGCGCAUAAUGAAAUAGAUUGAUCAUGUUGGUUUAGAGAGAGAGAGAUUGUUUUCAUGACUUGAAAGGGAAUCUGGCUCAAAGAAACAAAAGAUACGUUGUUUUUAAAUUAAUUUUCACAUUUAGAAAUGGAUGAUGUUUGUCUACAUUUUACUGGUUCUGUUCUCUUCCUGCUGCUUAAAAAUAGCUCCUCUUUACGUUAAUGGAGUAAAGAGAGUAAUGAGAGCCCUAUUGAAGCUAUGGCAGUUUACACCAGCUGAGGAUCUGCCCCAGCAGGCAUGGAGGAGACAAUAAAUUGCUGUUCAUAUAAUUAAGCCUUGAAAACUACCUAAUAUAAUGUAUGGUUUAUGAAAUAAAAUUUGGAAUAAAGAAUCUCCUUUGUGGAUGGUAUCACGGGUUAAACUUCAAGAAGAAUAUAUUGUGCAAUUGAUAUGUAUGUUCAGUAAAAUUGUUCAUCUGCUCUGAAUCUAAAUUUUAAGGGCCAGAGAUUAAAUAUAAACUUUGAUCAAAUGAUUAAAGUGACAAUGUUGAUUGCAGCUUUUUAGAAUCCUUUGUUCUUUGCAAAUUCAGUAAUUAAUAAUUUUUAUAGAACAUUGAUUUUAUAUUGUUUGCAUAUGUGUAAAAAAAUUCUGUAUAACAUUUGACGAGUUAAUAAAUUUUUGCUUCCUUAACCACCUGUAUACAGUAUUACGUGCAUGUGAUCUCCAAAUAAAUCUACUGGAUUCA